GUGGGUGGUCAGAGGGUUGGACAGACAGUGGGUGGUCAGAGGGUUAAACAGACAGUGGUAAGGCAGAGUGAAGGACAGACAGUGGUAAGGCAGAGGGAAGGACAGACAGUUUUAUUGAUAGACAGGGGACACCCCAUCCUGGUGAGAACUUCACCUUCAGAUAGAGAUUUAUCGGCAAAGCUGAUGAAAUAUUUUGGAAGCAGAUCGAAGUCUGGCGGAGGAGAGUGCGAUGUGACCAGGGUGGAUGGACAGACAUACUACGCCAUCUUCCAGAAUCAGGAUGAUCAGAGAAGAGUUCUGGGAAAAGGAAAUCAUAUUAUAGAAUACACCAUGUCUGUGACCGUUCAGGAUAUUGAAAGAAAAGAUCUUGCCAGGAUCCGCCAAUUGUCCAGGAAUGAAGAAAGACUGAAGAUGCAGCACCGGGCUGUC